CUUGAUCACAAGUGUGUUAGAAUGUCAGAGGGAGUCUAUGAAAACUCAGAUGGAUUUGAAGACGAUGAGCCUGAUGCAAUGAAGAACACAGACAUUGAUGGCCAAUUAUAUGCCAACGUAAGAGCCUUCAUGUCCAGUCCAAGAAAUGGAGUUGUUGCUUCAGUACAUGUUCAGUGGUGGAAGAGAUCCUCUGGAGUUGCUGCAGUGUGUCUGGGGCUGCUGUGUGUUCUCCUACUGGCUGGGAUCAUAGUCCUGUCUGUCUACUAUGGAGUCAUUGGUCAUCACAACUCAACAGAGAGAAACCAGCUGCUGGCCAGUUACAGCAAUCUGACUGAAGAGAGAGACCAGCUACAGACUGAGAGAGAUUUUCUUAGUGGGAGGCUUACCAAUCUCAGCUGGCAGAAUUUUGAAUCCAGUUGGUACUUCCUGUCUGAUGAUACUAAAACCUGGAAGGAGAGCAGAGAGGACUGUCUGGAGAGAGGAGCAGACCUGGUGAUCAUAAACAGUGAUAAGGAACAGGAGUUUCUUUUCAACCUCAACAAGGGAGUCUGGAUUGGUCUGACUGACUCUGUUACUGAGGGGAACUUGAUAUGGGUGGACGGCACCCCACUGACCAACCCAAGGUACUGGUCUCCAAAUCAGCCUGAUAAUGGUGGUGGCAAACCAGAAUAUGGUGAGGAGGACUGUGUUCAGAUACAUAAAGAACAGAGUUCUCGAAAGUCAUGGAAUGACAUAUCAUGUCGCAGCAAACUCAACUGGGUUUGUGAGAAAGUGUUUUACCAUCACCAUGACAACAUACUGUAACACAUACAGUAGCCUACAGUGCACACAAUUUCCUACUUCAUUCUCUCUCUCACACACACACCUUCACACACCCUCCUUCACACACACGCACA